AUGCUGUUUGUACAUGCUGAAUGUUCAUCAAAUCCUGGAAUUGUAUGUAGUCAUGAUUAUUUAUUAGUGGAUGAUCGUAUACCUAAUGUUUAUGACGGUAUAAUUAACAAUAUACCAAUAAUUCGUUUUUGUUUAAUCAAUAAUUCCACAUUGAAAACAAUCGCCACAAAGACAAAAACAAAAUUACCAGAAGUAGAAAUGAUCAAUUCAUCAUUAUCUUCUCCUUCUUCGAUCUCCUCUGGAUCCUUUUCAUUGAAUUCAAUCGAUUAUAAUAAAUUAUAUGCACCAGAUGAAUCAUAUUUAGUUGGGCAAAUUUAUGAUCCAAUCAGUAAUGUAUACGGUUUACAGUUUACAUCAAAUUGAAAUUUAUUAGAUCCAUAUAUUAUUCAUGGAAAAGGCAUAGUGUUAGAAUAUAUUGGUAAGCAUUAGUUUGUUUUUUGUUUAUUACAGUGAUUGUUUAAAUGUUUAUGUUAUACACAUGAUGGACUGAUUGUAGACAGAUAAUAAUUGAAAAUGAGGAAACAUUAAAUGGCUCUUUCAUUCAUUGUAGCAUUGAACUGUUCAGUAUUUUACACUGAUGAACCAUUCAAAGAAUUUCAGACUUGAUGGCGAGACAUCAAUCCUUAUACUAACCAGUUGGGACCUAAUGGUUGAUGCUUGUGAAGACAGUCAGUCAGUCAGUCAACUUACAGCAUUACGAAAUCAUUAUCUAGUGAUAUUGAUGUGUAGUUGCCUCAGACCCGAUAUAACUGAACUACAUUGAUCAUAACCUGUUACUAGAACUCUAGGCAUUACUUCUCGAAAUUACUCAUUACUGAGGCUUGCUGCGAGCUGACUCAAGUUAAAAACGUAAACCUGAUGUGUAGCUGAUAAAAUUACUGAUUGAUUGUUUACCUAGUCAAACUAGUAGAUGGUCUGACAAGUAUGAGAUGUGUCACAUGUUUUCUAUCACAUUAUUAUUUCUUAUUGUUUGUUAUUGUCGUUGAAACAUUCGCACGUUCUAGUGUGAUCAGUCACAUGUUCGUGAGCAAAAUUGUUUUGAAGUGCUGUAGAAUGGACACUGGCACGGUAUCGUGUAUAGAUGCUCGUCUCAUUCGUGUAAAGAAGAAAUUCCAGCGUCAUUUCAAAACGAUCGUUCUUGACUCAGUGAUCGAAAGCUUAUAGAGAGGCUGUUAGGUGUUUUGUUUUUGAACUUGAUCUAUGUUAGGCUUGUGGAUUUACACUAUUCAGAAGUCUUAUAUUAAAGACGAAACAGUUGUUUUGUUACAGUAACUUCAUGAUAUCAACUACAAUAUAUAACUGUUUAUGUCAUUGUGUUUUAUGAAUAUGUCAUAAAUGUUUUACGAAGUAUCGUAUAUCAGAGUAAAGUUUAAUAAAGAUCGAGUUUAAAACAACUCUGUUCGUCUUGAUAUCUUGUAUUAAUUUCCACAAUGAGAAUUUCCGAAAUUUUUGCGUUGAAAUUAGUUUAAUGAUUAUCAAAAAUCAAGAUACAUUGAAACAAAUGUAUCCAUGAUCUUCAAGUCUCAUCAGUGAAAAUGACACCAUCUAACCAUUGAAUAAUUUCGAAUUUCGUCACCGAUUGAUGAUGAAUUGAAAUGACGAAAUCUUUAGGGAUAAUGAAUUAAACUUCUAUAUGUAGUGCUCGUUGAUUUACUGUUAGACAACAACAAGAAAAUAACCGUAAAUGUUGAAUGCAUUACAAUGACUGAAUAUUGAAACUAUUCUAGAUCAACUCAAGUAUAACACAGUCCUUUUAUGAAUAUGAAAUGAAAACCAACUUGAAGUUGUUUGAAGAAUAAAAACACAUCACAUUGAAACUUCAAAAAUACUCAACGAAAUCGUUGAUUUAUUGUUGAUUGGUUAAUUCACUGGUUUAUUUAUUUAUUUAUUUAUUUAUCCAGUUAGUUAUUUGUUACGACAGUGAUUAUUGCAUGCUACUUCACCUCGCUUCACUUCACUCACCUUAACUUACCUUUCUAACUGAAUACAUCAAUUGAGAGAAAUGAAAUUGAUUGUCUAUAGUCUCUUUCUAUUAUCAUAAAAUGAUGUAUGAAUGAAUCGAAAUUUCAAUAUAUUAUAGAAUUUAUUUGUAUUCUCAGAAUUAGUAGUAGUAUGUAUGUAAUGAAUCUUUAUCAACUAAGGUGAUUGGGAUGUUUGUUACAUAUACCCGAUCACCACCUAUCUUGACGGGGAAUAUUGUCUAGUUUAAGAGUUGAUUUCAGUAAGCUAAAAGUGGCUAAACCAAGAUGUGGCACUAGUCCAUUAAGUCAGUAACAAGUGGACUGAGUCAUUUAAGUAGAUUGAGUUUACCGCGUUGGAAUCGGCGUGAUUAUCCUAAACGAUGAUUCGCAACUUUUGAUGACAAAUCAGGACCACUCACAAUGGUCCAUAUACAUUCACUCCUUUUCUUGCUUUUGGACCUAACCUGUGUCACAAAAUCUCUUUAUACCUUAUUUCUUUGCAUGUACCUAAUCUUUCCUACUACCACAAAUGUUAUUACUACUGUUAGUAAUCUGGAAUUUGCCUCGAUAAUUUUAUCUCUCCUUGCUAAUAAGACAUGACAACUUGAGCUGACAUACCUAUGUAUCAGAUUCUACGUUGCACAUGACUAGAACUAUGUAUGAGGAAGCCAUUAGGCAGAAUUUGAUAGUAGAGAUAGAGGAAAAAUAUUAAAAAGAGAUGAAGUUCUUUUAAUACAGACAAGGUGUUUUUGAAUGCUGCUAGAGUUAUGUGAACAGUUGAUAUUUCCCAGUUACCUACAUUGAGGAAAGAUAGUUUUUUUGAGGUAUCUGAAAAGAAUAUUGGAUAGGUAGUGAUUUUGCCGACCUGGAAGGAUGACCGCUGACCCCAAGAGACAAAUGUUUAAAGCCGAUCAAACUGCUAUUUUUCUGAGUAAUUGUUAGUGUGUUAGCUCGGCACUUCAUAUUUUUAUUUACCCAUAAUUAUUUUCUUUGAGUUUGGUGGUAUUUAUAAGCGGAAUUCAGGAUACUCGUUUUAUAACAAUGGGAAGAUACAAACCCUUUUAAAUAAAAUUUUUAACCAUUGUACAUGUAAGUGGCUAUCUGACCUUUGUAGCUCAUCAGAGUUAAUGCGUUGGGCGUGAAGUAGUCGAACGCGUUGACGAAUUCACUUAUUUGGAAGUCUGAUCAGACCUAAUGGGUUGGUAUCGGACGAAAUCUCAGCACGGAUUCGAAAAGCUCGUUUGGCGUUUGCCAAC